UGCGGCUAGAAUGAUGUAGAGAAAGUUAUACCAAUGGAAUUGCGUGUAAAAACAAAGACAUUAUCUAAGAACAUAAUUAACAUGCAAAUCGAUCAAGAGUUACUUUUAUUAUUGUAAGAUUUACCUCUGACUCAAAGAUUAAAGGCAUUCGGACACUGAUGAGUGAAUGGAACAAUUUUUUCAGAAUCUGGGAUAAAACGCUGUAAACAUUUGUUUAAAUAAAUUUUGUUGUCGCGAGCAUUACAUGUGUUAGCUGCUGCGCACACUGUGUUGUCAGAUAUGAUAAUAAAAUUUCCAAUACAAUUACUAAGCUUCACCGAGAAUAGCAUUGGAUAAACAGAUCGAUUUGAGAUUCGUUCGCUCUGGAUGCGUAACUUCGUGAGAACAAAGUAUAAAAUUUGUGGUUUUGGUAUGCUUUCAUAAAACUUCAUGAAAAAUGUGGAUGUUUGUUGUUGCUGCGGUACUAACAGUACUUGGUUAUUGGAUAUUAAGCCGGCCCCACAGUUACUGGAUCAGAAAAGGGGUCCCACAAUUAAAACCAGUUUUUAUUUUUGGCGACAUAUGGCCCUUACUUUUCCGAAAACUAUCACUUCCUGAAAUGACACAAGCAUUGUACAGUUCUGGCCAAGAUCUAAGGUACAUCGGCGUAUACCAGUUCCUUCGACCCGUUCUUCUAUUAAGAGAUCUAGAACUGAUAAAACAAAUCACAGUAAAAGAUUUUGACCAUUUUAUGGACCACAUGAGUGUUGCAGAUUCGCAUGCGGACCCUCUCCUUGGCAAAAAUUUAGCCGCACUUACUGGUAUGAAGUGGAAAGAGAUGAGAUCCACUCUUAGUCCGUCUUUUACCAGCAGCAAAAUGAAGUAUAUGUUUUCUUUAAUGUCACAAAACGCAGAACAAUUUGUAAACUAUUUCCUGCAAAAUGAUAAAGAAGUAAUUGAAGUAGAAAUGAGAGACGUUAUUACAAAAUUUGCAAAUGACGUUAUUGCUAACACCGUGUUUGGGUUUGAAUGCGACUCUCUGAAAGAACCCAAUAACGAGUUUUAUGCAAUGGGUAAGUCAGCUACUGAUUUUACAAAUAUACGAACAAUUCUGGUGUUUAUGGGUUACAUCCUAGUGCCUAAAGUACUUAAAUUUUUCAAAGUGAAACUGUUUUCUGAUAAAAUAAAUAGAUAUUUUAGGACAAUAAUUAAAGAAAAUAUUGAAAACAGAGAAAAACAUGGUGUCAAACGAACCGACAUGAUUGGUUUAUUGCUUGAAGCAAGGAAAAAUAAGCAAAACGACGACGAAAACAAUAUUAUACCAGAUACCGGUUUUGCUACGGUAAAAGAAUCAGAAAUUGGCAGAAAUCAAACGUUGAGGAAGAGGGAAAUAACAGAUGAAGAUAUUACAGCUCAGGGUUUUGUAUUCUUCAUUGCUGGCUUCGAAUCUGUAUCUGCACUAAUGUGCUUUAUGUCGUACGAAUUAGGUGUCAAUCAAGAUGUACAAGACAAGCUUAGGAGCGAAGUAGACGCCACUACAAAACAGUGUAAUGGGAAAGUUACCUACGAAGCAUUAAUCACAAUGAAAUACUUGGAUAUGGUGGUAUCAGAGACCUUGAGAAAAUGGCCAAAUGCUGUAGCUACUGACAGAAUCUGCACUAAACCCUAUACGAUCGAACCAAAAACAUCCGAAGAAAAACCACUUCAUUUAGACAAAGGUACUAUGAUAUUGCUACCAGUGUAUGGAAUUCACAGAGAUCCACAAUACUAUCCAGAACCAGAACGGUUCGACCCUGAACGCUUCAGUGACGAGAACAAAAGUAAAAUUAUGCCUUAUACAUUCUUUCCUUUUGGACUGGGACCGAGAAACUGUAUUGCUUCGAGAUUUGCUUUAAUGGAAACUAAGCUUCUUUUCUACUACAUUCUGUCCAAUUUUAAAAUAAUUCCAGUUGAAAAAACACAAAUUCCAAUUCGUUUUAAUAGAAAAUCUAUAAAUAUGGCAGCUGAAAAAGGUUUUUGGUUUGCACUUCAGCGACGUGGAUAGUAACUAAAACAUUUAUACCUGCGUAAAUGUUAUUUUAUGAGAUUAAAAGGCUUUAUUGUACAUGUAAAGGAUAUAGUUAUGUCAAUAUGAAUUAACAGUAGGUAGGUGUCUACUAUUUCAAAUCUGUAGCAUCAUAAAACAAAAGAAUUUAAUUGAUAUAUUUUUUAUAUUAAGUACCUAUAUUAUAUAAUCAUAUAUAUGAGUGCUUCGUGAAUAUAAUGUGAUUACUUAAAUGCUGAAACUAAUUCGGUUAUACGAUGUCUAAAAGUUAACUUUCUUAACAAUAUAUUACUACUGUGGGUGAUGGGUUAGUCAUAAAUUAAGAUUUAACCAUGCCCGCAGUAGUAAUCUAUUGUUAAGGAAGUUAACUUUUACACAAUGGGGUACUUGCAUAAAACCGAAUUAGCAUUGAGAAUACUAUACCUAUUAGGUAUAUAUAUAUAUUUAACACUGUAUACUAGUCAGUAAUAAAUUUGAGUCAUAGUACUCACAUCAGUACAUAAUGUAAUUAUUUAA